AUUUCAAAAUUCACAACACAACAACUUCACAAUCUCAAAGAAUAUUUUCCUGUAACUACUUAAAGAGCCAUGAAGAGACAGAGAGAAAGUGAAGGAGCAACACUAGAAAGCUGGGACAUCACAAACUGUUUAACCAUGACAGAUAAAACUGUUUCCGCCACAUUCCCAGAAGAAGCAUUUGAGUGCAGAACGUGCAACCGCAAGUUCUCUUCAUUUCAAGCCCUGGGUGGCCACAAGAAAGUGAAAGUUGUUGAAGAGAAAGAGAAACAUCUGAAACGAACACGGAGUGAUCCCAAAACUCACAUGAGAAGACGCAGAGCUAUAAACCAGGUUGUUGCCAAAGUUUCUGUCAUGAAAAGAUCGUCUAAUGCUAAGCCUUUCUGCUUCGACCUCAACUUAACUCCUCUCCAGAAUCACUUCAACUUCUUCUUCUUCACAAAACUGUCACCUAAACUUAAUUCUCAUUAGUCUUUCUUUUUCCCCUUUCCCUUCACACCAUUCAUCAUAUUCUUUCAAUUCUUUAUGUAAAACGAUGCCUUCUUCCUAUUCUUUAAAAAGCGAGUUGCAUUAGACAACUAGUGUCACUGUAACGCGUGCAAGUGUAUUAAAAAUAUCUUCAAAUCGUGAUUCUUAGUUCUCUAAUGGUCAUAUCA